AUGGCCGCGCGGACGCUCAUGAACGUGGCAGCCAUGGUUGCCAUGGUCGCUGCCCUGCACACCUUCUUCGGGUGGCUGUCAGGUAACGAUUCAUACCUCUACUGGUUCAUGUGUCUCUUCGCUUGGCGCUACCUCCGCUUUUUCGUCAACCUGGCAGCCUUCUGGUGCUACUCACCGGCGCCCCCUCCGAAAGACAGAGAACCGACUUACAUGCCUUCCAGGGACGUGACGGCCGUCAUUCCGACUGUCGACCCCGAGGGCGCCGCCUUCCGGGGCUGUCUCGAGUCGUGCGCGCAAAACGAGCCGGCCAAGAUCGUGGUCGUGACGGCGGGCGACGAGCUCUACGCCGCGGCACUGUCGAAAGUCAAGGAAUUUGAAGAGAGGUUCCCAUUGACGCAGUUUGUGGUGGCAAGGACCCAGGAGGUGAGCAAGCGGAAGCAGGUGGCCCUGGCCGUGCCGCACAUCGAGACGGACAUUACAGUUCUGCUGGAUGACCACGUCUUCUGGGGCCCGCGCUUCCUCCAGUCGGUGCUCUACGCCUUCGAGGACUCGGGGGUGGGCUUGGUUGGCACUAACAAACAAGUCCGGUGCCCCGACGGCCUCGGUCUCUGGGUCCGCAUCUGGAACAUGCUCGGCGCCACGUAUCUCUGCCGACACAACUUCGAAAUCCGGGCCACGAACACGGUUGAUCGCGGCGUCUUUGUCGUUUCGGGCAGGACCUGCGCCAUCCGCACCGAGAUCCUGCGCCAUCCCGAGUUCCUGCCCGGCUAUACGAACGAGAAGUUCUUCUUCGGCCUCUUCGGGCCCCUGAAUGCCGACGACGACAACUACGUGACGCGAUUUGUCGUGCGCCACGGCUGGCAUAUUAAGAUCCAGUACACCGACGACGCCACCAUGGAAACCAUCCUCGGCGUUGAGCAUCCUCCGGCCACCAAGUUUCUCGCCCAGUGCCGGCGCUGGGCGCGGACGACGUGGCGAUCCAAUGUGUGCAGUCUCGUCACGGACCGCACCGUAUGGAGGCGCCAACCGUACUGCGUCUACGCCGUCUACCUGACAUCCCUGACGAACUUCGCCGCCAUCAUCGACCCGCUGCUGGUCUACCUCUUUUCACGCUCCUCCGCCUGCGUCUCGGGCGCGGCGCUGGGAGGCCUGGUGAGUUGGAUCCUCCUUACCAAGGUCGUCAAGGUGUUCGACCACUUCCGC